AUGAAGCCCCCAGGGCGGGGGCAGAGCCCGCGGGGGCCACCCCGGGGACCCUCGGGGCCAUUCCCGGGGCCAUUCCCGGGGCCACCCCCGGGGACCCUCGGGGCCAUCCCGGGGCCAUUCCCGGGGCCACCCCCGGGGACCCUCGGGGCCACCCCGGGGCCAUUCCCGGGGCCAUUCCCGGGGCCAUUCCCGGGGCCAUUCCCGGGGCCACCCCCGGGGACCCUCGGGGCCACCCCGGGGCCAUUCCCGGGGCCACCCCCGGGGACCCUCGGGGCCCACCCCGGGGCCAUUCCCGGGGCCAUUCCCGGGGCCACCCCGGGGACCCCUUGGGGCCACCCCGGGGCCACCCCGGGGCCAUUCCCGGGGCCACCCCGGGGACCCUCGGGGCCACCCCGGGGCCACCCCGGGGCCAUUCCCGGGGCCACCCCGGGGACCCUCGGGGCCACCCCGGGGCCACCCCGGGGCCAUUCCCGGGGCCACCCCGGGGACCCUCGGGGCCACCCCGGGGCCACCCCGGGGCCAUUCCCGGGGCCACCCCGGGGACCCUCGGGGCCACCCCGGGGCCAUUCCCGGGGCCACCCCCGGGGACCCUCGGGGCCACCCCGGGGCCAUUCCCGGGGCCAUUCCCGGGGCCACCCCGGGGCCACCCCCGGGGACCCUCGGGGCCACCCCGGGGCCAUUCCCGGGGCCACCCCGGGGACCCUUGGGGCCACCCCGGGGCCAUUCCCGGCGCCUCUGGAAUUGUCCCCAAGCGGCCGUGCCCGCACGGACAUCGCGGGACCGGAACCGUUACGCAGGUGCGAGGCGGGGGACGAGCGGGACCGCGGUGGGGCUGGGGACAACCGGGACCGGGGUGGGACUGGGGCGGAAAACCCUGAGCCGACACCGGGCGUCACCGGGGCCGUUUCCCGGUACCGGCGCCCAGUGCCCGCCGCAGCUCCGCUCUCCCGUUCCGCCGCCGCCGCCGCGAUGCUGCUGCUCCGGGCCAUGGCCGGGCGCAGGCUCCCGCCGCUGACGCAGCUGCACCGCGGCUGCUCCCGCUUGGCCGCCGGUAGCGCGGCCCCGGGGGGACACCGGGGGGCGGCCCCGGUGCUGGCGGCGCUGCUGGGGCUCGGCGCCGUCCUGGCCUACGGAGAGCGGCGGCGGAGGAGCGCCCAGGCCGCCCAGGCCACUCCAGCCCCGCAGUACCCACGGUACACCCGGGCCGAGGUGGCCCGGCACCGCACCCCGGCGGACCGCGUGUGGGUCACGCACGGCACCGAGGUCUUCGAUGUCACCGAUUUCGUGGAGCUGCACCCGGGGGGACCGGACAAGCUGCUGCUGGCGGCCGGGGGACCCCUGGAGCCCUUCUGGGCUCUCUACGCCGUGCACAGCCAGCCACACGUGCUGGAGCUGCUGCGCGACUACAAAGUGGGCGAGCUGAGCCCCGAGGAGGCCGCGCCACCCCCGGGGGACACCCAGGACCCGUUCGCCGGUGACCCCCCGCGCCACCCGGCGCUGCGGGUGAACAGCCUGAAGCCUUUCAACGCCGAGCCGCCACCGGAGCUGCUGACGCAGAGUUUCUUGACGCCCAACGAGCUCUUCUUCACCCGCAACCACCUCCCGGUGCCCGCCGUGGAGCCGGGCUCGUACCGGCUGCGCGUGGAGGGUCCCGGUGGCCGCUCGUUGUCGCUGUCGCUGGAGGAGCUGCGCGCCCGCUUCCCCAAGCACGAGGUGACGGCCACGCUGCAAUGCGCCGGUAACCGGAGGUCCGAGAUGAGCCGCGUCCGGCCGGUCAAGGGGCUGGCGUGGGACAUCGGGGCCAUCAGCACGGCGCGCUGGGGCGGGGCGCGGCUCCGGGAUGUGCUGCUGCACGCCGGUUUCGGCGACCAUCCCCCCGCUGAGGGCGAGUGGCACGUGUGCUUCGAGGGGCUGGACGUGGACGCUUCGGGGACGCCUUACGGAGCGUCCAUCCCGUUUCACCGAGCCAUCAGCGCCGAGGCCGAGGUGCUGCUGGCCUACGAGAUGAACGGGCAGGAGCUGCCGCGGGAUCACGGCUUCCCGGUGCGCGUCGUGGUGCCCGGCGUGGUGGGAGCGCGGAGCGUGAAGUGGCUGCGGAGCGUGGCCGUGUCACCGGCCGAGAGCCCGAGCCACUGGCAGCAGAACGACUACAAAGGGUUCUGCCCGUCCGUGGUCCCCGCCAUCCAGGAGCUGCCGGUGCAGUCGGCGAUCACCGAGCCGCGGCCCGGGGCGGCCGUGCCCGAGGGGGAGCUGACGGUGAAGGGCUACGCGUGGAGCGGCGGCGGCAGGGAGGUGGUGAGGGUGGACGUGUCGCUGGACGGGGGCCGGACGUGGCGAGCGGCCGAGCUGCCCGGCCAGCGGGGCCGGGGCUGGGCGUGGGCGCUGUGGGAGCUGCGGGCGCCGGUGGCCGCGGGCUCGAGGCUGGACAUCGUCUGCAAGGCCGUGGACCGCAGCUACAACGUGCAGCCGGACACCGUGGCACCCAUCUGGAACCUGCGCGGGGUCCUGAGCAACGCCUGGCACCGCGUGCCCGUCACCGUCACCCGCUGAGUGCCAGGGGACACCGGGGGGCACUGGGGACAUUGGGGGCUGGCACAGUGUCACCGUCACCCGCUGAGUGCCAGGGGACAUCGGGGGGGCACUGGGGACAUUGGGGGGCUGGCACAGUGUCACCGUCACCCGCUGAGUGCCAGGGGGACAUCAGGGGGCACUGGGGACAUUGGGGGCUGGCACAGUGUCACCGUCACCCGCUGAGUGCCAGGGGGACAUCGGGGGGCACUGGGGACAUCGGGGGCUGGCACAGUGUCACCGUCACCCGCUGAGUGCCAGGGGACACCGGGGGGCACUGGGGACAUCGGGGGCUGGCACAGUGUCACCGUCACCCGCUGAGUGCCAGGGGACACCGGGGGGCACUGGGGGCAUUGGGGAC